CUCUCGCGCUCCCUCACUCCGCGUGAAACAAAGUGUAGUGUCCGCGAGAGCCCCGUAGGAAGCGAAAAAAGAGAGAAGAAACCCGGAGAAAAAGGGAGAGAGAAUGGGGCGGCUGAAUCCACAACAGCAGGAGGAAUAAUAACCCUUAAAGACAGAAACAACUGAAGACGGAGGAGGAAACUCGCAGGAAAGAAACUUUUCGUUCGGGGGGGGGGGAAACUGUUACGGACUCAACAACACGGCCACGUUUGGGAAACAUGGAUACACUUUUCUCUGUAUUCCUGGGACUCCUGUUUCUCUUCUCGUCUGUUGGUAACGUCUCCGGCCAGAUACCGACAGCUCACAUGGGGCGCGCUGAGAAGGGGAGCUGUACGUUUGAUGAGGGCUUCUCUCAGUGUGAUUACCAGCAGGAUCCCUAUGAUGACUUUGACUGGACGCACAUCAACACCCAGGAAGUGCCAUACGUCUCACCAGACCUGCCACAAGGUUCCUACAUGUAUGUGGACGUCUCUCAGUACGAUGUUGGGGAGAAGGCCAGGUUUCAGCUGCCAGUCAUGAAGGAGAAUGACACUCACUGUAUCGACUUCAACUAUCUUCUCACUAGCCCUGACGGCUCCAGCCCGGGCACCCUCAACGUCCUGGUGAAGGUAAACAAGGGUCCACUGGCCAACCCAAUAUGGAACGUGACGUCAUACACUGGUAAAGACUGGCUGAGAGCCGAACUCGCCGUCUCCACCUUUUGGCCCAAUGAAUAUCAGGUCAUAUUCGAAGCAGAAGUUUCGGACAGCAAAGCCGGCUUCAUCGCCAUUGACGACAUUCAGGUGCUCAGCUACCCAUGCGAUAAGUCCCCACAUUUCCUGCGUCUCGGGGACGUGGAGGUGAACGCCGGACAAAACGCCACUUUUCAGUGUAUCGCUACAGGACGAGACACGUCGAACAAUAAACUCUGGCUACAGAGGAGAAACGGAGAAGAUAUUCCUGUGGCUCUGACCAAAAACAUCAACCACAGACGGUUCGCCGCCUCCUUCCACCUCAAAGAAGUCACUAAUCAGGACCAAGAUCUGUACCGUUGCGUCACCCAGUCAGAGCGCGGCUCCGGGGUGUCUAACUUUGCAGGUCUUAUCGUCAGAGAGCCCCCGCACCCCAUCGCCCCACCCCAGCUGCUAGGCGUCGGCCCCACAUAUCUGCUGAUUCAGCUGAAUGCUAACUCCAUAUUUGGAGAUGGGCCUAUCAUCCUGAAAGAGGUUGAGUACCGUAUGACAUCAGGCAGCUGGACGGAAACUCACGCUGUCAACUCUCCCAACUAUAAGUUAUGGCAUCUUGACCCAGACACAGAGUACGAGAUCAGAGUGUUACUAACCAGACCGGGAGAGGGAGGGACAGGCAAACCGGGACCACCACUCAUUACCCGGACCAAAUGUGCUGAACCUAUGCGGACUCCUAAGAGGCUAAAGAUUGCUGAGACCAGGUCUCGUCUGAUAGCGGUGGACUGGGAAUCGUUGGGUUACAACAUCACACGCUGUCACACCUUUAACGUCACCAUCUGCUACCAUUAUAUGACUGCCAGCAACCGCAGCAAAGCUGAUUGCUUGGACAUGGAUCCUAAAGCACCACGCCACCUGGUGGGAAACCUGCCACCGUACACCAACGUCAGUCUGAAGAUGAUUUUGACCAAUCCAGAAGGACGGAAAGAGAGUGACGAGACCAUCAUACAAACUGAUGAAGAUGUUCCAGGCGCAGUUCCCAGUCAGUCACUAAGAGCCACUCCAUUUGAAGACAGAAUCCUUCUUUACUGGAAGGAACCGGCUGAACCCAACGGAGUCAUCAUACAAUAUGAGAUUAGCUACAGCGGUGUGCGUUCAUUUGACCCUUCAGUGCCUCUCCAGCGGCCGGGGCUCACAGUGUCUCUGCCCUCGAAUGCCACCCAUCACCUGUUUUCCCAGCUCCACCCAGGUGUCACGUACCAGCUCUCUAUACGCGCAUCCACCUCCAAAGGGUUUGGUCCUGCAACCACGCUCAACGUGACCACUAAUAUUUCAGCCCCGACAAUAGAUGAGUACGAUGGGUCAGAAGCCUUUCUGAAUGAAACUGCAACAACCAUCACUGUCCUGCUCAAACCUGCCCAGGCCAAGGGAGCACCUAUAAGCGCGUACCAGAUCGUAGUUGAGGAAGUGAAUCCUCAGCGGACACGUCGUCAGGCUUCCUCUGACUGUUACGAGGUCCCAGUUUCCUUCCACAGUGCGUCUAGCGGUGGAUCUCCAUAUUAUUAUGCCGCCCAACUGUCCCCCAGCAACCUGCCUGAGCCGCUCCCCUUCACUGUGGGAGACAACAAGACAUAUCAGGGUUUCUGGAAUCCUCCACUGGCUCCAAGAAAGAACUACAACAUCUACCUUCAAGCUGUUAGCAGCACAGAGAGGGAAACUAAGACACAGUGUCUGAGGCUGGCUACUAAAGGUGCUACAGAGGAGCCAGAAGUCAUCCCUGACCCCGCUAAACAGACGGAUCGGGUGGUGAAGAUCGCUGGGAUCAGUGCUGGCGUUCUCGUCUUUAUACUGCUGGUGCUGGUAGCCAUCCUACUGGUCAAGAAGAGGAGGACCUACUAUUCAUACUCUUAUUACCUGAAAUUGGCUAAAAAACGUAAAGACGCCAUUGGAACGACACGGCAGGAAAUGACUCACAUGGUGAAUGCCAUGGAUCGCAGCUAUGCUGACCAGAGCACUCUGCAUGGAGAAGAUCCCAUGGCUGUGACAUUCAUGGACUCUCACAACUACAACAACAGAUUGCCCAACGAUCCUCUGGUUCCUACCGCUGUGCUAGUUCCAAUCACAGAUGAGAACCACAGUGCCUCUGCAGCAGAGAACAGCAGGCUUCUGGAUGUUCCUCGGUAUCACUGUGAAGGGACUGAAUCUCCUUAUCAGACAGGACAGCUCCACCCUGCCAUCAGAGUGGCCGACCUGCUGCAGCACAUCAACCUAAUGAAAACAUCUGACAGCUACGGCUUUAAGGAGGAGUAUGAAUUGGUGAUACAGAGCUUCUUCGAGGGCCAAUCGGCCUCCUGGGAUGUGGCCAAAAAGGAGCAGAACCGCACCAAGAACCGCUACGGGAACAUUAUAGCAUAUGACCAUUCAAGGGUUAUUCUCCAGCCCAUAGAAGACGAUCCCUCCUCCGACUACAUCAACGCCAACUACAUCGAUGUAAGUGGAAACGCAUCGAAUGCUACUAUUGGCUCCCAACGAAACCAACGAAACCACACUCCCUCGCUCAUUUGGCUGUACAGGGAUGGUUACCAGAGACCAAGUCACUACAUUGCUACUCAGGGUCCUGUUCAUGAGACAGUGUAUGACUUCUGGAGGAUGGUGUGGCAGGAACAGUCAGCCUGCAUUGUCAUGGUAACCAAUCUGGUGGAGGUUGGAAGGGUUAAGUGCUAUAAAUAUUGGCCAGAUGAUGCGGAGGUGUACGGAGACUUCAAGGUGACUUUUGUGGAAGUUGAACCUCUUGCUGAAUACGUGGUUCGCACAUUUACGCUAGAGAGGCGUGGUUUCAACGAGGUGCGGGAGGUCAAGCAGUUCCACUUCACAGGCUGGCCUGAUCACGGUGUUCCAUAUCAUGCCACGGGACUACUUUCCUUCAUCCGCAGAGUGAAAAUCUCCAAUCCACCCUCUGCUGGGCCAAUUGUGGUACACUGCAGUGCUGGAGCAGGGCGUACAGGCUGUUUCAUAGUCAUUGACAUCAUGUUGGACAUGGCGGAGAGAGAAGGAGUGGUCGACAUCUACAACUGUGUGAAGGCUCUUCGCUCCAGGAGGAUCAACAUGGUACAGACUGAGGAGCAGUAUAUAUUCAUCCAUGAUGCCAUACUGGAGGCGUGUCUAUGUGGAGAAACAGCCAUACCAGUCUGCGAGUUCAAAGCUGCUUUUUAUGAGCUGAUCCGCAUCGACUCACAGACCAACUCGUCACAUCUGAAGGAUGAGUUCCAGACAUUAAACUCGGUGACUCCUCAGCCUCAACCUGAAGACUGCAGCAUCGCAUUGUUGCCUAGAAACCAAGAUAAGAACCGCUUUAUGGACGGCCUUCCUCCUGACAGAUGCCUUCCCUUCCUCAUUACAAUAGACGGAGAAAGCAGCAACUAUAUCAAUGCUGCUCUGAUGGAUAGCUACAGACAGCCUGCUGCAUUCAUCGUUACCCAGCAUCCUUUGCCUAACACUGUCAAAGACUUUUGGCGCCUGGUUUAUGACUAUGGAUGUACCAGUUUGGUGAUGCUGAAUGAGAUUGACCUGGCUCAGGGUUGUCCCCAGUACUGGCCAGAGGAGGGCAUGUUACGUUACGGCCCCGUCCAGGUGGAAUGUAUGUCCUGCUCAAUGGACUGUGACGUUAUCAGCAGACUUUUCAGAGUCUGCAACCUCACCAGGCCUCAGGAAGGCUACCUGAUGGUCCGUCAGUUCCAGUACCUGGGGUGGGCGGGACACAGAGAAGUCCCCGCCUCCAAACGCUCCUUCCUCAAACUGAUCCUGCAGGUCGACCAGUGGCAGCGUGAGGGAGAGGAGGGAGAGGGAAGAACCAUUGUGCACUGCCUAAAUGGAGGUGGGCGUAGUGGAGUUUUCUGCGCCAGCAGCAUUGUGUGUGAGAUGGCCAAGAGACAGAGCGUGGUCGAUGUCUUCCACGCUGUAAAGACCUUGAGGAACAGCAAACCUAACAUGGUGGAUACUCCGGAACAGUAUCGCUUCAGCUACGACCUGGCACUGGAGUUCAUCGAGUCCUCUUAAACAAAGGAGAGAAAAAGAAGAAGAAGAAGAGGAGGAGGAUUAAGAGGAGGAGGUGAAGAAGAGCAGAACAUCUUUUCACUUCCCAUGUGUUUGAUCCUUUGCUUUCGCUUGGUCCCGACUCCCCUCUGUGGCGGCCGUUCUGUAGCACCCGUUUUGUGUCCCUACAAAUGGCACAAGCAAAAACCGGCUCCUCCUCGCGCAGCGUUGUGAAGAAUCCAAAUAAAGGGAAGAAAAGUUCAGACUUUUAACAGAAUGAGCUGCUGGGAGUGCAACACGGGGGGGAGAUGUUACUCCUUUUCCUCCUUUACGCUUAUUGUACAGCUUUUUUGAGUGCCAGCGGGCCCCCCUGUAUGUUUUGGGCCCCAUUUAAAUGUUUAACGUCUCAUCACAAGCCCUCCCCUACCCCCACCUCCCUCCCAUGGACUUGAUGCCUCAUGCUGUGUCAGCUGCAGUACUCAGUGUGCACUGUAGAUGUCUCCCUCUCCCCUUUGCAAGCUGCAACCACAGCUUUUGAAUAACUGCAAGUGCUAGUUUUCAGUGGCCACACAUUCCUGCUCUCAUGCUAAUUUCUGAGUAACUUAACAGUGUUGGGCAUCUCAUCAUGGUGAUGUUUGAAUAUUUUGCAGCCAGUACUUUUGUACAAGAAAAAGAAACUUACAGCCUGGCCAAACUCUGUGAAUGCUUCUGUUUUCUACUCCAUACAUCAGCGGCCAUCUUCAUGUUAUUUUUCUGGUUGUUUCAGUGAGCAUUAUUAUGGAUUUAAGUACUUAAGAGCCACUUUGAACCCAUUUUGCAUUGGUUACAUACAGGAGGUUGUCAGAUAACAGAAUACAAAGACACAGAAAAUAAUCUUAAAUGUCUGUUUGCUAAUUUGAUGAAUAAACUUUAGAAAGAAGACCAACAAUGAAACACAACAAAAAAGUUUACACAGGGAGUAUUAGGCUUUUAGGUUCACUUUUGUUUUUUUUGUUUUGUUUUUUACAACAUCAUGAAGUGGCAACUUAAAGAAAUGUGUAGGAUUUUCACUCAAAUGUAUUCCGUUCGAACAAGUGUGAUAUGUGUCAUUGUUUAUGUUUCCUGCAGCCACUGUGGGCUGCAGAGUGGAUUUUCUGUGCUUUACUGAUCUACUGGAUAGAAGUCUUCUUUGUACCCCAAAUUGUAAAAAAAAAAAAAAAAAAAAAUGAAUACUUAAGAUUUUGUUCAACCAUGUGACAUUAGCAUAAUCAUGUUUGUUUCAGGGCUGGGCCCAAUGCACUUUCAAUUCAGCCAAUUCACAAAUGGGAUGUUUAAUUUCAAAUAUGAACAGGGUUUUUGGGUACGAGGGAAUCGGCUUAUUAACUCUUAGAAAAAGACUGAGGAUGCACGCUAUUUUCGUGAACAGGUCAAUUACAGUUUCCAUUUAUGGUUUGAAUGGAAUUGGAAGUGAACUGACCCCAGGCCUCAUUCGUUUUGUGCACUGGUGGCCAACACUUUUUCUUUUUUUUUCUCCUCCUUGUUUUUUUAUUAUUUUGUAGCUGAUGUUUAUUCAUAAGCCAAAGACUUUGUGUAAAUAUGUCUAUAUGGAUAAAGCACAUUGUUUGUAUUUAUUGUUUGUUUACUUGCAUUACUUGUAAGAACAAUCAUUCUUCAUUCCAUGUUUACUCUACCACCAGCGUUUCUUAAACUGCGGCUCGGGACGCAAAACUGGGCUGCGAGUCUGUUUCCUCUGGAGUACUGAGAGUAUUAGUUUGAUUUAAUGAGCCCAUAAUGGGUCCUGAGGUCAGAGGCUACAGCUGCUCAAUUUGGGUCCGUGAAGAAAAAGUUUAAGAACCCCUGAUAGAAGCUGUAUAUUAAAGCAUUAGACGUAGUUUUUCAGUAUUUAGGUGGAAUUCAGUAGUAUUGUCUUGUUUUCACUUAAUGAAACUCUCUGUGAUGUUACUGUGGUUUAUUUGUGUAAAAGCCCCCAUUUGCUCUGUUUGUGGUCAGUAGAACAUCGGUGCAUUUAUAUGCACAGAGUAUUUUGGAUAAUAGUGCCUAUCCCUCUUAACCUCUUAGUAGGGAUAAGCUGUUUAUCUUCAUCCUCAUACCCUGCUCACUCACAUUACCCCUGAAUACACACGGACUCAGUGAUGCAAACGGGCUUAGUGAGUGAAACACGCAGGACUGUGGAACAAAAAAACAUUUAUUGUGCCUAAUCAUUUGAAUUUCCUUGUUGAUACAAGCAUUUUAACAGCAUCUUAGAUCGCAACCAGGGCUUAGUUGAAUGCGUUCUCAUGGACGAUCAAUGUUUUGAAUACCUUCUGGACCAUGAUUCAGUGUGUUUUAUUAAUCAGAAUGCUUCAUGAAUUCUUUGUGAGGCUUUACCAGAUGUGUUUCUGUUGUGCACAAACUGAUUCAGAUAAAAAAAACAAAACAACAACUUUAUUGUAAAUAAAAUGUCAGAGGUUCCACGUGGUUGGAACAAGAGUAGCCCAGGUCUACUGUUAAGGAUGUAAAUAGACUAUCAUGAGUGCUAUAAGAGGCUCUAUUGUUGGAUGAGCAGUAGAGAUUUAGAUGAUGGAUGCAAUGUCAGAACAUUAGUUCUGCUGUAGAUAAAAAGUCAGAGAUUGUACUCCUGGAGGAUCCAACUUCAAAUUUUGACAGAUAUUAUUUGAAAAGCAUUAUAGUUUCCACUGAAUACAGAACUUUAUUCUGCUGGUGGAACAUCAAGUUUCAUUUUUUUUUUCCUCCAGAUUUCUGGUCCGACCCAAAGAGCGGAGAGAGAAUUCAAAGGCUAUAACACUAUACUAAUACAGCCGUACAAUGUCUCGUUGGACAAAACUGAUGGUAAUCUCUAUAGCAUGCAGAGAGAGGAAGUGAAUCAGUGAAUGAUGAGACUGUUAAUAAUUUAAUAGUAUGUUAACCUUCUUAACUACACGGCUUAGGGAAAAACUAAGGAGCAAAUCAUGUUAAAAUGCCCAUAAUUCCCCCUUAAUAAAUCUGAAGUAAUGGCCCUGAAGAGUAGUGAAUGAAGCAGGUGUCUGGAUGAGAGGCCAGUCUGAGCAUAGAAUUGAUAUUCAUGGUUCAUAAUUAUUCUUGUCUGUAAUGUUUGGCUUCUUUGCUGUAAUAAAGACCACUUCUUUAAUGAAA